CUCUCUUCCUCUCUCUCUCUCUUGGGCAGUUCUGGUUUAUUUCCCCCGGAAGCAUUAUUGCAACAAUUUGGCAAGUGAGACAUUGAUGCAAUCCCUUCCACACACACACAUUCACUCACAUCACAUCACUCACUCACUCUCACUCACACACACAGAGUACCAGACACGUGAAGUCCAGCCAAGCCCCAAACCAAGACAAGACACACAAGAUCUAUCCCGCAGAUCAAUGUGCAGAGGUGGGAGAGAGGCACGGGCUGGGAUCGAUGCUAAAAAUCCAUGGGAAAUAUGCUGGUCUGGAGCAGGAAGGAGCCUGGCUCACUAGAGGAAUGCGACUCGACCUGGGGCUCUGAGACCGAGGAGGAAAGGACGGCAGAGGACGCAGACCUGGAGGAGCCUUGCAGCAAACACGAUCAGAAUGAAGACAAAACAGAAACUCCGAUCAAGCCAAAGAGAAGCUUCUACGCAGCCAGGGAUCUGUACAUGUACCGGCAUGGGUACCCAAGGUCAUCCAAAAAAAAGCCGAUGUACACCAACCUGCAUUUCUACAUGAACAAGAUCACUUUAAAGCCUGACGGUAUCUUCAUCAGUGAGAUCUUGACGGAGUGGAAGGGGGAUUAUGACAAGCUGGAACAUAAACAUACCUACAUCCAAUGGCUAUUCCCACUGCGCGAACCCGGCCUGAACUGGCAUGCUGAGGAACUCACCGCUGAAGAGAUCAAGGAGUUUCUCAGUACUGAGAUGGCAACAAGCAAUUAUCUGCAGGUUUACGAAAUCAUGCUGGAUUUUUUUGGCAUCAAACUCGAGGAUAGAAUUACGGGGAAGGUAACGCGAGCUGAGAACUGGAAGGAGAGGUUUCAGCACCUGAAUGGGUCACGGCACAAUUAUUUGCGAAUAACCCGCAUCCUGAAGAGCCUCGGGGAGUUCAAGUAUGAGAAAUUCCAGUUCAAUCUGGUCCAUCUGCUGCUGCGGGAAGUGCUGGUGGAGAGGACUCUGGCCAACAUGGCGCACAGCGCGCUCGAGUACUUCGUCUUCACCAUCAAGAAACGGUCGGACCGCAGGAGGCUGCUGAGGUUCGCUCAACGCCAUUACAGGCCCCCCGAGAACUUCAUCUGGGGCCCACCUGCCAAGCCCGUCAUCAAGGCCCCCUCCUCCCCCUCCAAGAGACAGACGUCACAACAGGAGAGAGCUCCGUCUCACACCGCCCCCGGGGCAGGGGAAGGCCCGGCCGGGGAAGCCCACGCCGACACUGCUGUUGCUAUGGCGACCGCACCCACCGUUGAGGGCCCCAGCAAGCCCCCCGCUGGCCACGCUGACUCUGAGACCACGGGGAAGGGCGAAGGGAUCGUCAGCAAGGAUGGAGAUCGGUCGACAGAGGGCGAGGCUGAGGAGAAGGAGGAGGUGGAGAAGAAGGAAGAGAAGGAGAAUUGUAUUUUAUACGUGUCUAGUACCGAGCUCAUUGGCGAUGCAGCCCGCAGCGGCCUACAGAACACACCAGGGUUGCCUCUGGCUUCAAACGUGCUGUUCGACCAGGCAGCCCUUUCAGGAAAAGAUCUCACAGGAAAGGUCCCACCGGAAAGCACAUCAGCCUGGCUCAGUGAUAGCGCGCUCACUUCUGAGUGA